AUGUCCGCGUCACAGCGCUAUGAUAUGGGUGAACCCCGCGUAUCUCCACGGGUGCUAGAUAAAGUACGCAGCCAGUUUCCUGGCUGGGCUGCUGCGUCUUGGUCUCGUGAAACUACGGCGGCCAACGACAACAAUGGAUAUUCUGAGUUCCUUCUCUCAUCCGACUGGAUGUUACGACCAGAAGGGCUCGCGGAGUUGUCUGAUGAACUCGAGAAGAGCAUCGAAGGCGCCCGAGUGGCCUACAAUUCCGAAUUCUCCUCUUUCAAGAUCCGAUGCCUAGCAUCUGAGGAGGACGCUGUUAUGGGGAAAUGUCAGUCCUUAAUGGACAAGAUUGUCCAACGCGAGCUCAGUAGAGGCUUGGACAACUCCAAGCACAUCAUGACUCUCAAGCAAUGGCGUGAUGGCGCCUACGCUACCUCUAAAUCGGAGAAGAAGAAAUAUGUGAUGGCUUUGGCACCCUCGCAUAUUCGAGAUUCCAUGUAUCGAACGGCAUGGAUCAUGCCAGAUACUCUGGUGCAGAAGGACGUAGUAUUGUCAAGAUUGGUCCCGAGCAAAGCCUUUGUGAAGUUGCAAAACCUCACUGGCUGUAAGAUGAUGAUUAGCGGCGAUGGCCUCUGCAUGUACAUCGGGGCCGAGUCUGAAGACGAGGUAUCUAUGGCUGAGCGUAAACUUACUACUUUGGCCAAGUACGCUUCAAUUCCGUCUGAAGCCGACCUCCGCUGCGAGAGCUUCAUUUAUGCAGAGGACCAACAGGGCGGCCUUGCCAAGUUCACGUACAUGGCGCACGGAGCGAAGGAAAUCCUCAAGACUUUCUUCUUGGACCGAAUGGUCUAUUCGCUGGCUGAGGACAACUCAGCUUAUGGAAGACUCUUUGAUAAGGGUGUAGUUGUGACCAUGUCUGGGGUUGCUCUCAAAGGAGCAAAUUCCACCCCGGUGACUUCGUCAAGCAAUAGGGGCAAGCCCUACAUAGCCUUCUCGUCGGAGUGGCACUAUAGAGCUAAGCAGCCGUCCACUGAUGUGGCGUCUUCCGUUCCAUUUGACCCUAACCCACGUGUCACCUCAUGGAUCACCAAGUUGCCUACGCCGGAGCUGAUGUUACCUCAUGGGGAUGGAAAAGAUACCCCAGACCCAGAAUCAGGCAUCCACAAGGGUCUUUUAAAAGCGACCAGUAACUACAAUAGCGAGCAUGGUCUGACACAGAAGGAAAUCUAUGAGCAACAAGACAGAUUGCUCCCUCAUCAAAUCAGCCAAGUAAUCCCGACAUUGCCAAAGGCAACUCAGUCAAAGACUAAACCGCAGCUAAUUCAGGAGAAUACCCAUGAGCAAAAGAGCGGACCACCUCGUCAGGCCAACCAUGCCCUUCCUACUCUAACUGAGUCAGGACCAGAGCAGAUUCAAAAGACCAUGCCUCAGUGGUCACCAGAAGGCAUGCCUAAGCAACGGGUGCCAGAGGUUCCUCGAGGUGGUCACACGACGCUUACCAGGGGUAGAAGAGGAAACUCUGGAAUGGGACGGGGCGAUCGAAGGCAUAAUAAUGGCCGCCAGGGAGGCCAACGUAAGCGUGGCAGCCGUGACAACCGUGACAACCAUGGCAACCGUGGCAACCGUAACAACCACGGUGAUCGUGGAAACCGUGGUAAUCGUGGAAACCACGGCGACGGCGGCAACCGUGGUCGACGCCCUGCCGGGAGACAGCGCCCUACUGAGCAACUCCGCAUGAACUCAAGAAACACCCUGGGCAAUAUAUCGGAUCGAACACCAUUAAGCUUCCCGAAUUUCUCGCAGAGUACCUCUCAGAAUCAACCUAAGAAGAAUAACAACACUGUUGACUCAGGAUCCGAGAAUUUCAGUUCAACUUCUUUCGUGGCACCCCACCUUAGAUACUUGAUCCCAGGUGCUCAGAGAAGCACAAGUAAGGAGGCAUCUCAAGAUACUCAUGGGAAGGAGGGUAUUCUCAUAGACCUGGAAUCUGAUAAAUCAGAUGACGAGCAAAGCAUGAAGAAACUUCAGACCGUCAUCGACGAGAUAGCUGAAGAGAUGAUGCCCCAGAGUGGGGGUGUCCAGUCUCUUCCAGCGCAACAGACUACGAUUCGCCCUGACCCUUUUGCCGAAACCUGGAACAUGCACCUUCUACAGCAACGCCAGCCUCCGACCGAGACUCGCAGUUACGCUCGCGACAGUCAAGGCCAAAUCUUGCAUAGCACCAUGAAACAACAGGCAGGUUCUAGGAGCACUCGAAAAUAUCCUUCAUCGUCGCAUAAGGUGUCUAUAUCUGAGGACCCAGCCCCUCAAUUGAUUGAGGCCAUGACCGAGAAGAUUUCUCAUAUGCUGGGCUCAUUAGAAGUGUUUCCGGGCCAAGUAUCCCUGAAAGCUCAGAUUGGACGAUUCUGCCUCACGAAGAUUAAUCGAAGUUAUCUACAAACACAGGGCGACGGAGAGCAGCUACAUGGUAUCAAGGAGGCCCUAGACAAGCAUCACGCCAACCCCCUCGAUGUCAUGUUUACGAACAUCCUUACCUCAGAGGGAGCGGACGCAAACCACAUCGCAUUUAUGAACGACAGCCUCGGUAAGAGAAUGUGGAACGGCGACACGCGCCGUACCGUCUACGAGAUCACCUGCCGUGCUCUAACCACGGACAAGAGAUAUUGCAAAUUCAUCGUCGAGGUCGACGGAGACGAUUUCACUUAUCAAGUUCGCCAGUUCCCUUGCGAGUCCUCUGCUCUCUUCAUACACUGUCCCAAGAGAUCGUGGGAUUUCAAAGUCAGUCUAUCCAAGUCUCAAGACUUAGGCGAGGACUUUAAUAAGUUCGCAGAGGAUCUUAUUCGCGGCAUGCGCAUAGUCCCUCAAAAGAGCGGAGUGCCCAUUGUAGAAAUUACUGCCAAGAGAGAUUACCAAGUUGACAUGCUGGCAUUUCGAACACGUAAUAUUGCGUCUUACACCAAAUUUAACGGUGCCUCGGACGUGAUGGAGAUCUGUGAGGUUCAUGAUAUGGACCCGUCCGACAUCACAGAGGGCGACAGCAAGGUAACCGUUCAGCUCGAACAGCGCGACGUAUAUCAACAACUUGGACAGCUGGGAACCUGGUAUGAGGUAUCAAUGCAGUCAAAGACGGUCAACAAGGCGCUUCAGCAGAACCGCAACCUUGAGUUCGGAGAAGAAGUUGAUUGGUCCCCGAAGAAGUUACAGGAAACUGGAGCGUUCGAUGAGCUGAUCCGUUCCACGAUCGAAGUAGUCAAGAACAUCGACGGGGUGGGUUACUGGGGAGACAACAAUCAGGACACGGUGAUCCAUGGCAUGCCUCUGACUGGCUCUACGACAUCUUCACGGAUUAGUGGUUCUGUGAUCCUUCCACCUUCCAUAUGGUAGUUUCGUCACAAACCUCCGUUCUGGUAUCAUCGCUAGUCGAGCUUAGGUCUUCUAUAAUGGAACCUAUGAAUAUGGGUGAUGUAUAGGGUUCGAAAGGGUUUAUUUCGUCGGUGCCAUCUCCUUUCUUCGUCAGAGUUGCACUAUAGCC